UGAUUCAUUUCAUCUUUCUCCUGGAGACUAGGUCGUGGCAGCUGGCCGACAUUUUACGGACCGCUCUCUCAUGGCUGCUCCUGGUAUAUUUAGCAUUGAUGCUUGCAUGUACAGCAUAGGUGCUUGCAACUUCGACUGUAAGGAGCUUAUGAGAGCAGAUUGCAACAUCAGUAAAUGUGGUGUUGGUGGACCCCUGAUCAACAUGUAUGGACAAGUCAUUGGUAUCAACUUCUAUGAUUUGUUUUAUACCCCAUUUUUGCCAAUUGACAUUGUUCGUAAAUGUCUGAAGCAUUUCGAAGAAACUGGAUAUGCUUUAAAUUGUUGAUGGUAUACAUAUAUGUAUCAUGUAUGCUUCAUAUUAUGAUAGCUAUGUUAAAUGUCAUGCCCAUGAAUUUUUUCAAGCCAU